AGAGAGAGAGACGAGAGAGAAGAGAGAGAAAACCCGCCAGCCAGACACUUUAAACAAAACAACACAUCUUUGAGUUCCAGGCUGUGGACCGAGAGGGUUGCACGCCACUAACGAAGCGAAUGUUAUAAACCUCGAGACGGUACGAUCGAGAGAGAGAAGAGAGAGAAGAGUGAUGGCUCAUCGCAAGAAUCUUCAGUCGAGGCUCGCCAAGCUCACCAACUUCUAUCAGUCUUUGGGCAAAGAUGCGGAUGCCGACACGGAGUCUGGCUCCGAGGCUGGAUGGGAGCCCGGCUACAGUGACAGAGAGGCAGUGGCUGUCCCGCGCAGCUCGGUCAGCAUCGUCCGGAACAGGCGCUCCUACGCAGAGCCCUCGUCCCCUCCACCCGAACAGGAGUUCCCGUCGGAGAGCGGCGCGGACCUAGAGCUGUACAGGAGCUCGCUGCAGGUCGGAGAAGCGGCGCGAGGCUCCGGCGACGACAUGGACACCUCUCCGUCCCCGCAACUGUCUUCAAAUGCCACUGCUACUGCCGGCGGCGGUGGCGGCGGCGGCAGCGGUAACGACAGCGACGGGGGCACACGGCGGAAACCCUCGACCGCGGCCCGGGCUCCCAGGAGCCCCCAGGAUCCCCGAGGGCCGCGGAGCCCGCAGAGCCCACAAAGCCCGCAGAGCCCACGGAGCGGUCCGGAGAAAACCUUCGGACAGUUUCGCUCGUCGGCCUUCAUAGACAAGGCUGGAAGGGGCAGCACGAGGUCAGACGAGGCACAGCUUUCACACGGCGAAGACGAGGAGGCUUUUGUCAGUCAGAGAACCGUAUACUUGAAACCCACCGUAAACCUCUUAAUCCACCUGCCAAGGUGGCCAGGUCGGCCACAUCCACCGAGGCCGCGAAGCAAGCGCGAAAUGACACGGAGGAGGAACACAAGACGGAGAAGACGGAGAAGACGAUCAGGCUGGUCAGGCCUCAGAAAGACCGACCCUCUCCUUUAA